AGGUCGUAGGCCUUCAGUCCAUACUCAAGUCUGAAAUCUGAACCUGAGUCUAUUAAGAGAAAACUUGACGUAUUGUUAAGAACCCACUAGAAAUUACUGAUCUUUUUUCUGUUUUUUUCGUCAAGUAUACCUAGGUUUCUAUCUGGAGACAUUGGUGAUCUACUGCCACCAGAUACAGAAACAGGUCAGGCGAAAACUCCUAUUCCGUCCAGAACCAUUUGCACCCAGUUGCAAUAAGCAAAUCUAAUCUGAAUCUUCAACGAAUGAAACUCGUAUCCUAAACACGUGAUAGAAGUCCAAUCUGUCGACGCUUUCAAAAGAAACGAUCAUUCUCAAGACUAACACAAGCACCCCGUCCUUUCGAAACUGAAACUGAGACUCAGGGUUAUCAAAAGAUAAAGAGGCAAAUUCGAGUUUGUUAUCUACUAGUUGUCAAUGCAUUUGUAAGGGACGUCCUUUGAUUCUUUAGAUAAAAGACUUGGAAUGUGUUUGAAUGAUAGAGAUUCUGAUGAGUGGCUUCGUGUUUGCUCUCGUAAAACAAAACGUAAACACAAGGCUACACGACCAGUGAAACGUCCUGCUAUCCAGAAACCUAAUGUUCCUUUAGAUUACAUGGAUGAUGACAGCCUGGAGACGGUUUUAGGUAGAUUUGAUGGUAUCCGGUCUAGUUUACUACUUUCGAAGCCAGACAGAACUUUCCUGGAAGGUUUAUUAAAGUCUAUCAAUCAGGCGUUCACAAUUAUAUCAAAUAAACAGACUGAGCCAAGUAGGAUUGAUGUGAUUUGUUUAGGAUUGGGUAACCCGGCUGUCCAUCAUGCCAGUUUACGUCAGUUAGUUGUACUAGAUUUUCUGUUGCAGUUUGAUCCACGUAUGGAGCGAUCACGUACUCACCUGUAUGAUCCUGUUUUCAAAUCUGUUGCUCGUGCUUUAAUAAGAAAGCUUGGAAUGCAUGUGAGUAUAUUUUAAUGUGAUGUAAAAGUGUGCUGAGUUCAUAGUAAACAUUCUUCUAGAUAUAAGUACAAAUAUGUCAAAUUAAGUCACGUUUAAUGAACGUAGAACCCAACACAGAUGUGCGUUAGCCCAGAAUAUAUCACAUUAGCAAGAUGAGACAAAAGUAACAAGAUGAGCAGUAAAGAAGCCUCAGUAAUAUAGCAGCUAUGAUAAUGGGUCAGAUUAGGGAUUGAGAAUAUGGUUCCUUAAGAUAGGGAAGGUGCGACUGAAUACCGGAGUCCAGGAUCUACGGUUAGGUAAAGAAUAAAUUUACCUGUGCCGUUGUGGCAAUCUCUGAGACAUAUAACAUGACGUCUCUAACCACUGAUAUAUUCCAUCACUUGGGUUCCGACCAACAUAUCUCAAACUUAACCAGUGACUUGGUGGACUGAUGCAACGUCUUAGUUUGGCAUUGUGUAGUGAAUUCUUGGGUGCAAGCAGAGCCAUUCAAAUUAUGUUCAUACCAUACUAAGGUAUAUGGUGUAAGGUCUGAAACGUUUUCGGGAAAUCUUCAAACUAGUGAAAUAUAGUUGACUGAAAGAUAUAUCGUAACAACUCCAGCAGCUUGUUUUAAAAUUAUAGUUAGUGAACUGAUCUAGGACGGAGCUCGUGUCACUCUUUAAUGUCUCGUGCAGUAUCUUGUGAAGCAUCUUCAGUUUACCAUAUUAAUCUGUUUGUUUUGUUUUUCAUUACGAAUGUUGGUAUUUUGUGACAACAUCCGUCACAGGUCCUUACCUUAUCUCUGUUUUUUUAGUUGACUUAACUGUCUGAGAAUAUCAGUGAUUAAGUAUCUUUAGAAUCCUUGGAAAUUGUACUCACUGUUGAUCCUUUUCAUUAUUCAAUGGUUUACUACUAAGACGAAGUCAGUCUGAAUCUAACCUGGUUUUCAAAAGUUAGGCACCUAAACCUUAGCCAAAUAUCUGUAUAAUUUAAUUUGCAUUAAGUUUAUUGACACCAUUAUAGAUUAGAAUAGAAUGUUGGCCAAACCGUUCUGUUAGCCAUUCUUAUGCAUUUAUCGUGUGCAUGUACUAGAUACUUAAUGGUUAGUAAAAUGAUAAUUAAAUGAUAAAGUAAGGUCUAUCUAACCAAUAAUAAUAAAGUUAGCUUACUGUACAUCAGUGAAUAACCAUACAAUGACGAAUGUCAGUCGUACUUGCCAUUUUGUUCAGUUUACUCAAAUGUAUGACACGAACAAAUAGCAAAAAAUGUCACCUACACAUUCGUGGAAUGAAUCGAGAAUAUAUGGUUGCUUUAUCUGUCAUUGAGAAUUUCGUUUAAAUCUUUUGGUCUGAUUUUUUCUAUCUAGAUUCUACCGAACAAUAAAGAAGGUUGUUAUAAAUUAUCACCUGAUCGAUUUUACUUCGUUAUGCUACCACAUUGCGCUCCAGCUCUUCUAAAUAAUUUACUGUUUACUAAUUGGUCGCCUAGUAUACUUUCCCGUGUGGUACUGUUCUCUAAUGGAUGGAAAGAGGCUCGCCAGGAGUUAAUUGCUUCAGGUGCUUCAGAUGGUCUGAAGAUUGCUAAGGAACUAGCUUAUAUUACUGCUUUGGAGUCAGUGGUUCACAGUCCUGGCAAAGAACAUUAUCUACUUUGGUCUUCAAGAAAUAAACUCAGGGAAUACAGAGAUUUUGAGGGUAUGCGUGUGCAAUGUUUUUCUCCUGUUGAAAUGGAUAGUUUACCAAAGAAUGUAUGGAAUAUACCUCCUUAUUCUGAAAAAACAGAUAAAGAAAUAUCCUGUUCUAGUAAAUUAACACAAAAUAGUGGGAUUUUUUCCGAUAUAAUUGAUGCUAAUGUUGUACCAAAUUUUAUCGAUUCCAACACUGAUGGAUAAGGAUUUGUUCAAAUUUUCUAAAAUUAGUAAUGGUAUUAUCUUUCACCUUUUUCCUAAUGAUCUUCAGACUCAUGAAGUAAAUCCAUCCUUAUUUGCUGUUUAUUUAUGUACAUUGUGAUUUUACACUGCAUUCCCAUAGUACGCUUAAUUACUGUACAUAUUUUAGUCUUUUUUGUAAAUGGAAUAUUAUUCUCCAUACUGAGUGAAUUUGAGUUUCAACUUUAAUUACUAAUUUGAGUGAUUUUUUUCUUUUUGAGAGUUAAAAUAUACCUGUUUUGCCAUUGCAAAAAAAGUGAGGACUAAUUGCCUAAGAAUAUUCAUUUUUUUUGCAAGACCAAUUAGUAAAGCUGUACAUUCGUAUUAAUAGUUAUUUGGCAGGUAAAGUUUUUAUUUAUUUUAACACAGCGUUGGUAAAGAAGGUACCAAAUAUAUAUGCUCCAUACAAUAUAAAUGAGGUUGUGCAUAGAUAAUGGAGGGUAUGAUAAGAAGAAGGGCAAUAAUGAACAGAAAUGUGUGAGAGUGAAAUAAUAAUGGGCGAAACAGUUCAGUUAGGAGAAAUACAACCAGAAAGAAUCCUUUCAGUUAAAGAAGCUACAUCCACUUUCAUGAUAAAAGUGGAAGAAAGUUAGCAGGAUAGCCACUGGUUUCUAUUCUGAGCUAUGUCUUAUAACAUCUCAAGCGAUUGUUAUACCAUCUCAAGGACCCCGACCAAGGAGUCGUGGUAUAGUAGUUUAUUAUAAGAUAGACAAAGACAUUUUCCAAAAAUUUCAAACAUGCGAAAGAAGUUGAGCAGUAAUUUAGAAGGUAUCAGAAAUUGUUGAGCGGGAAUCAUCUGUUGAUGAGAAGAAUUCGAGUUAGUUAUCCUCUUGACGAAUAUAAAGGUAAAAGGGAAACAAACCGGUAUUAAUAAUGAAUUAUUGAGUAGAAAA